GCAUCAUUUAGAUUUUACAUUUAUUAAUUAUGGAAAAUGGUAAUUAUUUAGCAUCGCAGGAGUCGUCGAAUAAUUCACCUACACUAAAAUAUUUUAAUUUUUUUUUCUUGUCAUCUCAAAUACUUGGAGUUUUAGCCGUGAUUAUAACUGGAGCAUGGAUUAGUAAAUUCAAAGGUGGUUUAGCUUGGCAAAGUGAUCCAAGCAAAGAGUUCAAUUAUCACCCAUUAUUUAUGGUCAUUGGAUUUAUUUUCUUGAACAUGGAAGCUGCUCUUAUUUACCGUGCUUUUAGAGACAUGCGUAAACCUAAAUUAAAGUUGAUACAUGGAGCUAUAAAUGCCGGAGCUUUAAUUUUUUCUGGAAUUGGACUCAAAGCAGUUUUUGAUAGCCAUAAUCUAAACAAACCACCCUUUCCCAAUUUGUAUUCACUACACUCUUGGCUAGGAAUUAUAACUACCAUAAUGUUUGGAUUACAGUUAUUGUUUGGGGCUGCUAUGUUUCUAAUACCUUCUUCUCCCAUGAAUCUCAGAAAAUUAUAUUUGCCUUUUCACACCUAUUUUGGAGCUGCAAUGUAUGUAAUGGCUGUGGCUAGCUGUUUGAUGGGCAUAACAGAAAUUGCCAUAUUUUCCAUGAAAACUCCAAGUUAUUCGGAUAAAUCUGCAGAAGGAAUUUUGAUAAAUUUUCUUGGAAUUAUUUUAAUUAUUCUAGGGACUCUAGUUCCUUUUUUACUUAUAAAAGAAAAUUAUAGACGUAUACCCAAACCUGAAGAAAUAGCUAUACAACACUUGAAAUAAUGCGAUGUUUCCUCAGAAUUCAUAAAAGCAUGAUUGUACAAAACGCAAAUUUAUGUUAAUUUUAUUUCGCACAUCUUAUUUAUAUUCACUGUGAUUUUUGUACCCAUAUAAAUAUGUAUUUUGGCAGUAUUAUAAAUUUAUUGGUAUUUAUAUAAAUCAUUG